UUUUUUUUGAAACAUCACUGAAUUGAAAUUGUUUGUGAAUUGUUUUUUAAUAUAUUUCUGUUUGUUUGUCAUAAUACGAACAAAGUUAAUUACAAUUACAAAAAACAAAAAGUUAAUUUGUGCAAUAAUUAUUGAUUUUUUUUCUGUUGUUGUUAUAAUUUUUUUUUUCAUCGUUACAAAUAGAAUGUUUUGUUAUCAUUGUCCACCGACACUUGCUACAACGAUUGGUUCAACAGGAACUGCUUCUGCUGCUGCUUCUGUAUCAACUGGAUCAACACACUCUAAUCAUCAUUCUCAUCAACAACAUCAGAAUCAUCAUCAUCAUUCCAAUUCAAACGCUCAACAACAACAUAAUCAUCAUCAACAACAACAACAAAAUUCAUCACCGACCGCAUCUAUUUCAGCAGCAACAGCAGCAGCAGCAGCCGCUGCAGCCGCUGCCGCAAUGUCAAAUACAAGCCUUUCAACAUUAUCAACACUUUAUUCGGCUGCUGGUGCAUCGCAAUAUUCAUCAUUCAGUUCGAUGUAUGGUUCAAAUGUUGAUGGAUCGGAUGAAGCAUUUAUUCGUCGAAAACAACGUAGAAAUCGUACAACAUUUAGCGUACAACAAUUGGAAGAAUUGGAAAAAGCAUUUGCCCAAACACAUUAUCCUGAUGUGUUUACUCGAGAAGAUUUAGCAAUGAAAAUUAAUCUAACUGAAGCAAGAGUACAAGUUUGGUUUCAAAAUCGAAGAGCAAAAUGGCGUAAAUCUGAACGUCUUCGUAAAGAACGUGAAACAAAUGGUAAUGAUGAUCAUUUAUUGGAUAUAGGAUCACAAUCACCAACUAUUAAUAUUGAUGUAGCAUCAGCUGAAAUGAGUUCGACACCUAGUACAAGUCCUGAUACGAAUGAUCUAAAAGAUACAGAUCGUUUAUUGACCGCUGAUGAUCAUUCAUUAAUACGAAACAAAAUUAAAUCGGAUGAUGAAAAUCAUACGCCAACCAAUGAUUUAUCAAUAAUCAAACAUAAACAAUCAAAUUUUCCAAUAAGUUCAUUGAUUGCAAAUAAUAAUCGAACUAAUAGUGUUAAUGAUUUUGGUCAAUCAUCAUUUAUUUCAUCGAUUAAACAUCCAUUUUAUCAAGGAGGUGUUCAUUCAUUAUUUGAUCGUAGUCCAUUUUUUCGUGAAAUUUCAAUGUCUCCUCAUUUUUCAGUUCCAACAUUCAAUUCAAUUCAAAAUUCGCUGUUUGCCAGUGCAUUUAAUAACACUGGAAAUGAUAAAACGGGAUUUAGCCAAUCAAAUUUUGACAAUAUGUUAAAUGCAGCAGCUAUGGCAGCUGUAACUGGACAUAAUUCUGGUUGUACACGAUUUUCGGCAACAAUUCCACCUUUAUUUAUGGCAGCAGCAACAGCACCAACAACAUCAUCAUCAUCAACAACAACAGCAUCAUCAAUUUCAUCUUCACAUACUUCAAACAAUCAAUCUAAUUCACAUUUUUAG